AUGGAGAGCGUGGCAGCAGCAGGCAGCACAUCCGUGCUCAACCUUAACACCAUCCCUGGUCUAGAGGGAAAUCAGGAGAGCAACUUGGAGAAGAAAGAAAUGGAGCAGGAAAGGUGCAAGUCUGAGUGGGCACCUGUGGAGGCUGAUGCUGCUAUCAGCACUGUCAUGGAUGGAGUUGGGAUGGACAUGCUGCAAGAAGAAAAGGAGUGUUCAGAAAGUGAGAAAUGCAUGAAUGGCAGCUCAAGGACCCCUACCAACCAAGCAGAGAAUUUUCCAACUGAUAUCUCCUUGAAGUUAUUGAUGGUAAGACGAAGGAGUGGAUGUCCUGAUCCCAGACUGCAGAGGCAGCUCAGAGGGCAGCUCCGUCUCCUGGAGAACGACAGCAGGGAGGUGAUUGCAGUUUUCAGUGAGCUGUCUGCCAGGCUGCUGUCUAUUCACAGUGACCAAGAUCUAAUAGUGGUGACAUUUAAAACUUUUGAAGAAAUCUGGAAGUUUCUAACCUACCACUCCCUAGGUUUUAUAAAUCACUGCAUGGAAAAUCUAUUUCUGGAUCAAUCCUUCUGGCUCUCUUCUCAAGAGGAGGAAGAAGCAGGCAUUGAAGUCUGUAUCAAUGAAAAAUCCUUAGAUUUGAUGUACAGAAGCCUGCUAGCACAGGAAGGGGCAUUUUUUGUGGCAUGUCCUGACAACCUGAUAAGAAAGGUGAUGGCUACAGACAAUGAAAUAAACACUUCUGAGCCUGGAGCUUUCACUGAAUGUGUGACAGGUGGAUCUGUGGAUGGUGACACAGCCGUGCUGUCUAAUGCUUCUCUGGAGCCACUGAUCCCUUUUCAUCAAUGGUUUCUUAAAGCAUAUUCUAACCCCGUUGAUUUUACAUACAAGGCUGCAUCUGAACCCAUCAAGAAAGUCGCAAUGGGAUCCUGUCUAGCUGUGAUGAAUUAUGAAAGCACUGUGUCAGAAGAGCUGAGUUUCCAGGAAGGAGACACAAUUGAGAUCCUUGGCUACUUCCUUGAAUGCAUGGAAUGGUUUCUUGGAAGGCAUGUGUCUACUGGCCAAACAGGUUUUGUAAAGACAGGUCAUGUUAAGCUGGACUUACCUAGAAAUGAACCACAAGACCUGGAUUUUCUGGAAGCAGAAGAGCUGUCUUAUUUUUCAGAAGAAAAGAACUUGGAGGAAGUGAUACACUUGUUGGAACAAACCUCCCUCACUGAUGUGUGCUCUGUGUACCGAGUGGACCAAUUAGAAGAGGCAGAAGUGCAGAAAUCUCCUGAAUGUGAUGCUCCAUCUUCACCUUCUAGCACAGGAUCCACUAGCAAGAAUGGCAAGAUAGAAGAAUUGCUGAAGAACUUCAGGAAUUUGGAGGUCACCCAGGCAGGAGAGCCACCUACUGAAGGAAAGGAUCCUGCUGGCUCUCCAAAUACAGAAAUCUUCCCUCCACCUGAGGAUCCUUGCUUCCACAUAUGUCAAGAUGAUGUUCAAGCAUCUGACAUCUUGGAGUCAUUGAUACUUUUCUUGAAUAGGAAAGAGUACGACAGGAACUUCAAAACCCUGUAUGAUUUCUCUUACCCAUUUCUCAGUAGUAUGUUCUGUGGGUUUGCAGAAGAGGAGGAACUGGUCAGCUUCUUCAGAUCAGCAAGGGAAGCAGCAAAGAAGGCAGGCAUGUCCUGGGCACUAGCGAGGCUGUGCUUUCUCUUAGGCAGGCUGAGUGUUAGAAAGCUGAAGCUGUCCCAGGCCCGGGUGUAUUUCGAGGAGGCGCUGGGAGCAGUGGCUGGAGGGUUCAGCGAUCUGUACCUUGUCAUUGCUCUCUACACAAACCUCACAGCCAUCUACUUGACCCAGAAGAACAAAGAAAAAUGCACUCCUGUGUUUGAGAAGGCUGCAUCUCUUCUCAUGGCCGUUCCCAACUACAUUUGCAGUGCUGACCUGGAGUCAGAUCUUCUGAAGUAUGCUCUGAAGAGGACAAUCCUGAGCCAGAACAAACACGCAGAGGCAAGGGCAUGCUUUCUGCUGGCAAAACACUACAGUGCACACAAGCAGCAUGAAGAGGCACUGCCCUUCUUGGAAAGGUUUCAACUCUUGCUUAAUGACUUGGGUUUACAAAGCAACUUAGCAAACCGCUGUUACUUCAAACUAGCAGAGUCCUACCACGUGAAGUGCUUGCCACACAUUGUGUUAAGCUGCAUAAAAGUCACCUCUUCCCAGAGCUCAAAUACUUUAAUGGAUUCCUUGCAAAGGAUUGAUUUAGUCAUCAAAAAUGCUCCUAAGAUUUACAGUCUGAGAAGUCUCAGACAAAUACUCCCAUCCCAAACUGCACCUUACCUCAUGCAAGCACUUUCCUCUGUGUUCAGUGCUGAGCAGCAGGGGCUGUGCAGCACCCUCUACCUUAGUCUAGCAGAACUCUACAGCCACCACAGGCAGUAUGCAAAGGCCAUUGCUUACAUGCUGAAAGCACUGGACUCUGCUAAGCCAGAGGAAACUAUUAACCACUUGGUUUCACUUGCUUGGUUAUACAUCCUCCACAGGCAGUGUGAUGUGGCUUUAGCCAUUUUAAAUGCUGUUGUAGACUCUACAUGGAGCAAUCCCCAACAACUAGGCAUUGCUUAUAACAUGCUUGCUAUUGCUUUGAGAAGAACAAACAACACCAAAGCAGCUGCUGAGAGCUACUACAGAGCACUGUGCCUCUCGGAAGAGACUGGCACGACCCACAACCAAGCUAUAGCCCUGGCUAACUUUGGGGCACUCUGCCUGCAUGCAGCAGCCAGCAAGCUGGCAGAACAUUAUUUCAUUAGGGCAGUGAAGCUCUUCUCCAAGCUUCCAAUCAGGGAUUGUGGCCAAGACUUUAUCCAAGUCCUCCUCCAGCUGGGAUGUUACUAUGUUGGUGGAAUGCAAAGAGAAAAAGGAAGGGUUUAUUAUGAGUGGGCUUUUUUGGUUGCAAUGGAGACAAGUCACCUGGAAAGCCAACUACAAGCAAUUAAACUGCUGUGCCAGUUCUACAGUACAGUUGCACCCGAUGAGGCUCAGUGUGUGAUCUACAAUGAGUAUCAACUCUCCUUGGCUAGGAAGAUGUCCAACAAAGUUCUGGAGGGACAGAUACUGGAAACCAUUAGUCAGCUCUAUUUGUCUUUAGGAACAGAAAGGGCUUACAGAUCAGCUCUGGAAUACACCAAAAGAAGCCUUGGAAUAUUUAUAGAUCUCCAGAAAAAAGAGAAAGAGGCAUAUGCUUGGCUCCGGGCAGGGAAGAUCUACUAUGUUCUGAGGCAGAAUGAGCUGGUGGAUCUGUACAUUCAGGUGGCUCAGGAUGCUGCUCUGCACACAGGAGAUCCCAAUUUAGGCAUGGAGUUGUCUGAAGCUGCUGGAGACAUAUUUUUCAAUGGUACUUGGGAGAAGGAGAAAGCAGUGACUUUCUACAGGGAUGGGGCUCUCCCACUUGCUGUCCAGACUGGCAACAAACCCACUGAGCUCAGGCUGUGCAAUAAACUGGUGGAGCUGCUGGUGAAUCUGAAGGCUUAUGAGGAAAGUCUGGAGUAUGCAAGAGCAUCUCUCAUGCUCAGUAUACAUUUAGGGAAUCAGCUAAAUGAGCGCAUAGCAUACCAUCGGCUGGCUGCCAUCCACCAUCACCUGGGGCACUCUGAGCUAGCUGAACACUUCUACCUGAAGGCCUUGUCCCUCUGUUCCUCUCCUCUGGAGUUUGAGGAGGAAACACUGUACUAUGUCAAGGUGUACUCCAUCCUAGGAGACAUCAUAUUCUAUGACCUCAAGGACCCCUUUGAUGCAGCAGGCUACUAUCAUUUGGCACUGGCUGCUGCCAUGGACCUGGGCAACAAAAAAGCUCAGCUGAAGAUCUACACAAGGCUUGCCAUAAUCUACCACAACUUCCUCGUGGAUCGGGAACUGUCUCUCUUCUUCUACCAGAAGGCAAGGACCUUUGCAACAGAGCUGAAUGUGAGGAGAAUAAAUCUAGCUCCUGAUCUGUGUUACAAGAGCUUGUAAGCACCUGUGGAAAAUGGAGUCUAACAACUGCAGAAGUAUCCAGAGCAAUAUAGCACUGGCUA